UCAAGCACUGCUGCGCAGCCAGCUGCCACUGAAAAUCCAACUCCGCAGCUCUUUAGCGACCUUUUCUCUGCUCCAACUGCAAUCAGGCGCUUCCAGCGGCUACUCGUCCAGGGCGGCAGUAUCUUAACAGGCGACGCUUUGCGCAGGCUUAUCGUCUUCGACUUCAACGGCGCUCAGCCUACGAAUGGCGCCCUAGGUGGUGCAGUUAAGUCAGCUAAUAUAGAGACCUUUCCUUUUGUCACUGAUCUCGACAUCAGUAUGACGCUUGCCUUUCUCGAGCCCUGCGGAAUCAACACACCGCACAUUCACCCUAGGGCGACUGAAUUUCUAGUUUUAGUUGAGGGUUCUAAUCUGCAGUUUGGGAGCUUUCUUGAAAACGGCCUAGUUUCACCAGGGCAGAACCAGGAGGUGGCCGGCACGCUAGAAAGAUAUCAGGGUACGGUCUUCUCAUCAGGAAGCAUUCACUACCAGUUCAACAACGGGUGCGAAAAGGCAGUAUUUGUGGCGGCUUUGAAUUCAGCAAAUCCUGGUACGAGCUCAGCAGCACAGGGCUUCUUUAGCCUCAACGCAGAGGUGGUGAACGCGACGCUUGGCCCUGCUGCGUCUAUCGCUAGUGACGGGCUACAGGACCUGCGAAGGCUGAUUCCUGAGAGUCUCGCGCAGGAUGUGCAAAGCUGCUUGGCGAGGUGC